GUUCAUGUCCUCCUGCUGCUUUGGUUUGCGCAGGUUCAGUGGAUUGAUGGUGGGUUCAUGAGCAGGACCAUUCGAAAAUGGCGCGCUGCAGUGCCCUUGAGCGACCAAAGUGUCGUGACCAUGUGGUUCACCUGCAACUUCGUUGGCAUCGCCUGCCUGCGCACGAUGCAUUUUCAGUACUUGGUUUGGUACUUCCAUACCAUCCCCUUUCUGGCCUAUGCCUCCUUCGGGAGUGGCCGGCUGCACCAAGCUGGCGUAGUCACGCUGAUUACGUUGCUG